AUGAGCUACACAGUCAAGGCCGGCGACACCCUCUUCUCCAUCGCCCAGAGCCAUGGAAUCACCCUCGAGGCGCUCCAGGCCGCCAACCCGGGCGUGGACCCCAAGAAGCUCCAGGUCGGCCAGGUCCUCAAGCUCCCCGGAGGGUCCGGCGGCGGCGCGCCGCCCAGCACCGGCAAGGGCUACGUGAACUACAGCGGGCCCGCGUCCAACUUCCCGAACCCGUCCCAGUGGGCCAGCUACGACGCGCUCUGGAAGGACAACGAGCGCCUGAUGAAGCUGCACGACUCGGACUCCGAGGUCGCGCUCAUCAAGAGCUCCAUCGAGACCGUCGCCAAGGAGUCGGGCGUCGACCACCGUGUUAUCCUGUGCAUCAUCGUGCAGGAGUCUGGUGGCAACGUCCGUGUCAAGACCACCAACAACGGCGUCCGCAACCCGGGCCUGAUGCAGUCCCACAACGGCGUCGAGUUCAACCCCAACGACCCCGCCGGUAGCAUCCUCCAGAUGAUCCGCGACGGCACCUCGGGCACCAAGGACGGUGACGGCCUGAAGCAGCUCAAGGCCAAGUACGGCAACUACUACGAGGCCUUCCGUGCCUACAACUCCGGCUCGGUUAACAAGGCGGACCUCAACGACCCCGUCGGGGCGACGGCCUCCUAUGUCCGCGAUGCGGCCAACCGUCUGAUGGGCCACGUCUGGGAUGGCAUGCCUCUCAACGCCCCAAAUCCCGGCGCGAGGUCCACGUACUUGGAGUCGCGAAUCGCUGCUGGCGCGAACCCCGAGAUCCUGGGGGUGAUUGAGCUGUGGCAGAAGGCAGCGCCGACGAUGCUGGCUGCGAGCAUGGCGAUGGCCUUUAGGAAGAACGCGGUCAGUCAGGCGGCGUUGAUGGUGUAG